CCUGCCCCCAAAAGCCACUCAAGGGGCCCUCGGCUUUUGCAACGUCCAGGCUUUCUAGUCCUUUAAAUCCUACAGGCAAACUUUGGGGGAAUAAGAAAGGCUGGGAGGGGCCUAGGGCUUAACCCUCUCAACCCGGGACGAUUAACCUAGACCAGCUAGGCAGACUGGGCGUUGACUCCGCGCUCGCUUAGGAGGCUGCCAUGGCCCCAGAGAGGGGCUGAAGCUUAUUCCCGGUGCUGGUGAGAUCCCGCUUGGAGAAAGAAGGAAAGGGGGCGCCAAGAGGUAGCCUCCGAAGCCAGGAGGGACCACAGCUUGAGCCGGAGUCCAAUUCAGUUAGGACCCGAGAUGCCGGUGUUGAAGCAGCUAGGCCACGCACAGCCCAAGAAGCGACUGGACCGGGGAGCACUGUCUAUCUCAGCGCCCCUUGGAGACUUCAGGCACACAUUGCACGUGGGACGCGGUGGCGACGCCUUCGGGGACACCUCGUUCCUGAGUCGCCACGGAGGAGGCCCGCCCCCUGAACCCCAAGCUCCGCCAGUUGGGGUCCCACAUUCUGUCCCUCCACCUGCAGGCCCACAGCCUGCUGCUCCUGGCCUCCUAAUGCCUUCACCUGCGGACCCACUGCUGUCCUUCCACCUAGACCUGGGCCCCUCCAUGCUGGACGCGGUGCUAGGCGUAAUGGACGCGGAGCGUGCCGAGGCAACAGCCACCAAGCCCGAGGGAGAUGCCCACCCUGGAAUGCAGCACCCCAAGGUCCCCUGCUGCUCCAAUGCUGACCUCCAGUUGGAUGACGUCAUUGGUCUGUAGCUUCCAGAUUCCCGUCACCUCUCCCUCCCAACACCCCGUUUUUGUACACAUAAACGGUGAGGUUUGUACCA